CAUGACAACGGGGAAAGGACGCGAAAAGCCUGUGGGGCGAGUUGCAGGUUUCCUUUUCCGACUAUUUACAAUUUAAAUUAGUUUCGUAUUUAUUUCUGAAAAAUUACAACCGAAACAAUAGAUACAAACUGUAUCGAAGAUAUGGUUUUAUCUCCAGAAAGUAAUAAAAUAAGUGACUACUGCACGUCUCCCGGGUUUGCCACCAGCUCGACCAGGAAGUUGGAUAUGGACUCUGUACAUAUCGGAGUUUUCAGAGACUCAAUGGCCAACAAUCCUCUUUUAUUAAAGCCUAAAAUUGGGAAGCCUAUAUCUAGAGGACUGACCUUUCCAGGACCAGAUUUUGUUUAUGGUAUAGUGACCACCCGCCAAGAUGGUGGAGUAGCAAAGGCACUUUCCAGCUGGCACGCUCCUGUGCAGUCUUUCUCCCACUCUGCUCAGUGCGGGAAGACAGAGAGGGACUUUGUGGCAUUGAAUCGUGAAGGUGUAAAGUGCGGCCUGGUCACGGCCAAAGAGUUGCAGCAGUAUCGUGCUACUCAUGAUAUCAGGCGCCCAGUGGCUACCGAAGUCUUCAAGUAUGCUCCAGUGCAAAUACCAGAAGGCAUCACAUUUGGCAUUCCUACACGGCCUUCCACUCCGAUCUCAGCACUGUUGGAGUAUAGGUAUCGCCAGAGGUGGUUAGAGGAGCAACUGGCCAAAGACAGAGCACUGCUGGAGCACCAGAAUAAGAAGUUUCAACUAACAAGGAAUCAGGACACUCGAACCACCCUCCUCCGCAAGAAUCGCCCUCUGGAGGAACCACCAUCCACAUGGAAACUGCCUCGCUUCCAGCAGAUUGGACCAGCUCUGGACACCUUUCGAGAUUCUGAAGCACGAAGGAAGGCCUUGGCUGCACAUAACAUGGACUCAGUAGCCAGACGGGGGCUGCUGGGACAGGGCACUUACAAUGUGGACUGACAGACCAAUUCUUAUCCAUAUAAUCUGCCAGUUUAUCCUUCAGAUCAGAUUUUAUUUUGUCUUACAGCCUGUAUAUGUAGACAGUAUUAGUGAUUUCACUUUCAUAUUGUCAAUAUAAAAUGUAAUGUAAGCUUUUGUGAGAUGC